AUGUCAUAUGGAACAGUAGAUCCGCCAACGGCGCCAGGACAUUCAGAUGUAGAUUUCGUACAACAUCUGCAACCUGCAGCUUCAGACACUGCGCGAGAUGCAGAAGAAGCACAUCAGCCAGCCCUGUGGAGAAGGGUAACGGCAAGUUUGAGGGUGUUCUAUGACCGCAACUUCGGACUGUUCCUAGUGUUCUUAGCUCAGACCUGUGGGAGCAUCAUGAACACAGCCGCCAAACUUUUGGCCAAUGACCCAUCGAUCAAUUUCCAUGCCCUGCAAAUCAUUUUUAUCCGCAUGCUGUGCACGACAAUUAUAUGCUCGAUUUACUCCUGGUACCACGCUGUGCCUGAUUUCCCUCUUGGCCAGAAAGGGAUCAAGGGAUUGCUUGUGUUGAGAGGUACUGCGGGUUUUGUGGGCCUCUUCGGAUUAUACUACUCUCUGUCCUGGCUCGAAAUCUCGGAUGCAACAGUCAUAACCUUCCUGAUUCCAACCAUGACCGCAAUCGUAUGUUUUGUCUGGUUACGUGAGCCGUUCACCUGGAAAGAAGCGCUUUGCAGCUUCAUCGCUUUCUGCGGCGUUCUCUUCGUCGCGAGACCACCAUGGCUCUUUCCCUCCUCACAUAUGAACCCUGUAGUCGAUGACUCGGACCGGAAAGCGCCAGCGUCGUCAAUAACGGCAGAACAACGGACUAUGGCGAUCCUCAUUGCUAUCCUAGGCACUUUUGGAGCAAGCACUGCGUAUGCUACUAUUCGUGUGAUAGGUAAACGCGCACAUUCGCUAAUCUCGGUCAACUACUUUUCCUUCAUUGCAACGAUGGCCUCUUUUGUGCUCAUCUUGGUUCAUCCUUCGCUGCAUUUCGUUAUGCCCAAGACGCUCGGCCAAUGGGGAUUGAUCGCAAUCAUUGGACUCUUUGGAUUUCUGUUACAAUUCCUGCUGACGGAAGGUCUGCAGAGGGAAAAGGGUGGAAGAGCAACAAAUUUAACCUACCUACAACUUGUAUUUGCACUGGUAGUUGAAAAGUUAAUCUGGGGGACUACACCGCCGGUUGAGAGCUUGGUAGGGGCGGUGCUUAUUAUUGGAGCAGCGAUCGCGGUCAGUCUACAGAAGGAGGAUGGAAAGGGCAAAAAGGUUGAGGCUGUGAACGAUGAGGAGAGGAGGCUGUUGCGAGAAGACGAUUAA